UUUAUAAGAAAACAGUUUCGUUGGGUUUCGGUACGUACCGUACGUACGUACGAGCGGUUCGCUUUUUGUUGGUUGUUCUUCGGUCGGAAUUCCUCUCGUUUCCACGGGAUUAUGUGAGAAAGCUGGAUUUUUUUUUUGGGUAUCUUUUCCAGCAGGAAUAUUCGUGUUUUGGGGUGUUUUUAAGGCCCUAUAUAACAAAAUGUCCUCGGCCAUUUGUCAAAACUUCGUCCAGAACGCCUGGAAGAAGGAGCUGUGCUCCAACUGUUUCAAAUCCAAGGACGAGCACUCCCCACCCCCCAAACCCAAGAUCGUCACGCUGGUUUCGAGUCGCACCGUGAGCGGCAUCAUCAGGGAUCCGAAUAAAGUAAAAGCGAAACUGAAUGUGGAAUUCACGACGGAACUAUCGCAGUUCAUCGGUUACGGCGGUGAGGAUUGGUUGUCAGAAGAGGAGGAUGAGGAGGAAGAAGAACCGAAUGGUGUAAAUGACUUGGAAGAUUUGGAUGAUGACUUACUAACUGACUCGGAUGAAGAGGAUCAUGUGAGGGAGAUCAGGCUUGAAACAAAGAAGAAUACUAACUAUAAUACGGUGUCUCUGGCCCAAGUGGUUGAGGAGAAGAAGAGCUAUGCCCAUCUGAUGCUCGGUAAGCCUGUGGUGAACUCAGAAGGGAAGAAGCAGACUUUGUUGGUGUCGGUGACGCCUUUUGGGGAAGACAAUGGGCCUCCCAAGAGAUACACCACUUAUACUAAUAAACCUGCAAAAAGUGAAAAAAAUGUGAAAGAAGAGAAAAGCUUGCUGGACGAAAUAUCCGAGACCCUUGAGAAGAGUAAUAACUCCAUACUGGGGCGCAGGAAGACCCCUAUCAGAGACAGCGAGAGCAACAAAGAAAACGUUAUUGAGGAAAAGAAGAGCCCCGAGUUGAUUAAUAAAGUGGAAAGAAAGGUGAACCUAAGCAGAACCCCGGCACUCAAGAGCAAAGACCUUGAAAAACCGGUGGUUUAUCAAACCUCCACCGCCAGGAUUGAACUGCUCAAUACAAAAAACAGUAAAUUACCCAAAGUGGAACAACCCUCCAAGAGUGAGGAAACGAAUGACAAAAACAACAACAAAACUGAUCCGAACCAAAAUGAACCGCCCAAGGGGGCACAGUCCAGUCCAGUGCCGCCCCAAAGCAGGGAGCAAGCGGGAAAACCGGACGGUCGAGAGGAUCCGGAGUGUCCGGAACUACCCGCACUGCCGCUCACCCCGCCGCCCCCCUUGGAGAACCAGAGUUCAUUCUUGCAUCCGGUGACUGUCCCCACCCCCAGUCCCGUUCCACCCUCGACCCUCGAGAAGCCUAAAGUACCCACGAAGCCUUCCACGGUUUUAAUUCGGAAGCCCGCCCCCGUGGUACAACCUGCGGUGGGCCAGACUCUCAGUACUUUCGCUAAACAGCCUCUCGUCAAGCAGGAUAGCGGCAACGAAGCAGAUAUCAAGAACAAACGGAAGGCUCCUAUGCCGCCAGAGGAGUCCGGCCAGACAGUCGCCCCGUUAUUCACCAGACACUCGCCCAGUUUAACUAGCGGGGACUCCCCGGUGGUGAGGGAGAUGGAGAAACGCGAAAGGAGCGAGAGGGCGAAUAGUUGCACCCCCAAAGUGUUCUUAGGGGAUAACGAGGUGCCCAGUCCGGCACCUAUUCCUCGGAAAAGUUUAUCGAUAUCCACCGAUAAUUUGGUGUGUUCGGACGAAAAACGCAAACCGAAAGGCCGCUUCUCCCUACGUAAAUUCCUACGAAUGGGGUCGAGCAAAGACUUGCCGCGGUUGCCGAACGAGUCUCCUUGCGCCGAAGACACCGUGGACAUCCCCAGACCGAAACCCAGGCUGGUCAUCGUGCACCCCAGCGAACUAAACGGGGCGAAAGUCGAAGUGGUUGCCAAACAAGACCAGACUGAUUGCGCAGAAAGGGUUAAGGCGAGUAAACCUCCACCUCCGCCAAGGAACUACGAGCAAUGGAAACCCCAGGUGAGCACCUGCCCUCCACCGCCCAAGAGCAUGGAGGUGCUGAGCAAACAGUUGGCUCUAUCCAGAAGCAAUUCGAGCUCGAGCACCGGCACGAACAAGUCUAAGAGUGAAACCGUUUACGCUAACAUUGGAGAAGUGAGGUCCUCGAUUGUUCCGAAUAAACCAGUGAGAACGGCGAGCAUGAGAGAGCGGGAGGCCCAGCAACAGAAGCAGCAACAAAGACGCAAUAUCUACGAGCCAGUGGCUAAUAAUAAUCGACUAAAAUCAAGCGAGAACGUUUAUGAGUACGUGAGAGUUGGAUCUGGGAAUAGGUCGAGCAGCCCUAGUAGCGACGGCAGCGGCAAGAACAGCCCUAAAACUAAAACCGCCAGGCUAAAUAAGAGGUCCGAGAGCUCCAUAGACGUCUCCGCCGACUAUUUUAAAUUCGGUAACAUACCGAGAAGUAUGUCGCUCACGUACUGCGGUAGCGAAACCGAAUCGGAAAUUUACUCCCCGUACAGUUUUUACGGAAGCGAGACGGAAGUGACCGAAGACGACCACGAUUGGGCGACGCAAAACGGACGCACCCACAAGCUGAGAUCCCGAAAAGGGCGCAGCAUCGUCCAUAAGAACUUGGAAGAUAACUAUGGGGCCGUAGUUGUGGCGAACCAUGAAGCUUUGGCGCAAGUUUUGGAAAAUAUCCAGCAAACCGUCCACACACAACCGGCCCUCAGAGGCCUAAAAAUGUCCCAGAACUUACGCCUGCAGGACUUCUCCCUAAAACAAGGAAUAAGUCCCACUAAAAUCGGCUCCAAGUCGUUCCACCAGGCCCUUUGGGGGGCCCAACACGUCACACUGUUGUUCAGCACCGGUAUUACCACCAAUACAGUGAACUUGGGCAAUUUCAACUUGAACUCGGUGACGGAUUUCAGUGAUUUAAUUGAGAGCGAAAACGAUGAUAAAAAACUGGUUCAAGCAACAAUCUCUGUGCUGCCCUGGCUUCAGGUGCACACCAUAGAAAGUUACGGAGAGCACUUGAGAACCAAGUCGGAACAAGAAGAAAACUGGAGAGACGGUUUCUUUGUUAUGCUGCAGCUUGUUAAUGCCUUAAAGGUGCUUCAGGCGCAAGGAAUCGAGGAAUUGCCAUUGAGCCUGAGCAGUUUUGUUCUCACAAAAGAAGUGGACCGAGAGAGCCACUUUAGAUUGUGCAUUUUGCAAGGUACUCUUCCCUCGGAAUUGACCACCCUGACAUCACCCGAAGAAAAAUAUGGGUCACUGUGCAUGUGUGCCUCCAAGGCUUUAACUCUGCUCCAGCCCAGUUCGAAAACCGCUAACUUGCUACAAUCCCUGCUCAAUAACGAGAGAUCAGUGUCUUUGACUCAAGUUAAGUCUGUCUUGGAGUUUUCCUUGUGGGGCCCCACUGAUGUUAAUCUAGGAAGUAAUUUGAGGGAAAGAGAGUUGACCCUUCAAAGAUGGUUGGAUCUACAAAGGGCAACGGUGCUGCAUGGUCUGGUAUGCACCAGGGUCCAACUGACCGUCUAUGAGGAGUGCCAUCUACUGUUUCUUGUCAGAAGCAAUGCUAGAAUGAUGAGCGACGCUUCAAUGUUAAUAGAGUCCAAUAAUCACAAUAAAUAUGGUAAUAAUAGCAAAGCAUAAGAGAGUUAUUGUAUGGUAAAGGUGCAAUAUUAAAUAGUUUUACAACGGCAGAAUAAAGGUUCUAAAUAUAUGAGACAAUUUAAUUGUAUUAGGCCACUGGAUGCUGCCAUUUGAUAUUAUAGAGGGGAACAAUUAAUAUUUACAUAAUGUAUAAUAUUUUUUUUUGUAUAUAUUUUUUAUCAAAACAUAUUGCGUUUAUUGUUUGUUUUUAUAGUGUGUAUUUUUUAUUGCUAUUUAUAUUAUGUAAUAUAUUAUAAAUAAAUGUUGGUUAAUUUACAAAAA